AUGGCGCCCUUUCUCGACAUUACCGGACAAGUCACACCGCCAGUCACCGACGGCGAGGUACCAGCCGUGUAUAACCUGGACGCAAAGAACCUUCCCGAGUCCCUAUCCCAUUUCACGCUCGUCAAUGGGAAGCUGGGGGUUCGUGACGCUGCGAUCAAGGAGGAUUUUAGCGAACAUGCCAUUCCGCUCAACACCGACUUUGCCUACACCCCAAGGAAGCUCCGGGUCAUAACCAUUGGAGCUGGAUUCUCUGGCUUGCUGGUCGCACAUAAGUUCCAGCAUCGCUUUCCUGAGCUUCAGGACAUCAUCGAUCACAAGAUCUUUGAAGCACGAGCAGACGUUGGGGGGACCUGGCUUGUCAACACUUAUCCUGGCGUCCAAUGCGAUGUGCCUUCACAUAUUUAUGCCUUUCCUUUUGACCCCAAUCCAGACUGGGAGCGUUUUUACGCCAGUGGAGCUGCUAUUGAGGAAUAUAUCAAGCACACGGUCAAGAAGUGGAAUCUUGACCGUGAUCUUCAUCUCAAUACCAGGGUCAUUGCGGCUGAGUGGCAAGAAACUUCUGGCCAGUGGAAGGUGACUGUUGAGCACAAUGGCAGACAACGGGAUGAGUUUUGUGAAAUCCUCAUCUCGGGUCAGGGUGUCUUAGUGAACCCGGCGUGGCCCAAGAUCCCUGGUCUUUCCGACUUCAAAGGCCAUGUGACACAUUCGGCCGACUGGGACCAUAGCUUUGACUAUUCCAACAAACGCAUAGCGGUGAUUGGUAACGGCUCUUCGGGCAUCCAGAUUGUGCCUCAGAUGCAGAAACUCCCCGGCACCACCGUCAAGAACUUCAUCAGAGGCCCUGCCUGGGUGUACUACCGAGUGCCAGCUUCCAAGCACCUGGGCAGAGACACCGAUGACCUGAAUCCAGCAUAUACCGAAGAGGAGAAGAGACGGUAUCAGGAUCCCGAGCAGCAUCGACAAUAUCGCAAAGGAAUUAUUUCACGUACAAACAAGGCAUUCCGGCUGUUCAUCAAAGGAGAGCGCAACGAUGAAGUGAUGCGACUUGCCACAGCACAAAUGUCUGAGAAGCUGAACCAUGACCCCGUCUUGUGCGAGCAAUUAAUACCAAAAUGGGAGCUGGGCUGUCGCCGGGUCACACCUGGUCCUGGCUACCUCGAGUCGUUUAUGGAGCCCAACUGCUCACUGACAUCGAGUCCCAUUACCAGGAUUACCGAGAAGGGUGUUGUCACCGCAGACGGCGAGGAGUUUGAAUGCGAUGUCGUCGUGUGUGCGACAGGGUUCGACGUCUCCCACGUCCCGAAAUUCUCCAUGAUCGGCCAGAAUGGUGUCAAUCUCGCGGACAAAUGGGCCAAAGAGCCAGAGUCAUACCUCUCAGUCGCCACAGAUGGGUUCCCCAAUUAUUUCAUGAUGAUGGGUCCAAACUGCCUAGGAGGUCACGGCUCGCUGGUUGAGUCUCUGAACUGGACCGGCGACUACUUUGUCAAGAUGAUCAAGAAGAUCGCCACUGAAGACAUCAAGUAUGUCGCACCCAAAGCGUCAGCGGUGGAUGCAUUUGUGAAGUACGGCGACGAGAUCCACAAAACGCUGGUGUGGACUGGAUCUUGUAGUAGCUGGUACAAGAGAGGCAGAGUGAAUGGCCGAGUCACCGCCUUGUUUGGUGGAAGCGCAGUGCUUUUUCAUCGCUUGAUCAGCGAAAUUCGUGCCGAAGACUAUGAGAUUGCCUACAACAGUCCCAACCCCUUUCGAUUCAUGGGAAAUGGCUUUACGGAAUGGGAGAUGCAGGAGGAUAGCGAUCUUUCUUGGUACGUCGAGAUUCCGGAUCCGCUACCAGAGGCACGAACACGGACACAGGCACAGGCAAAGGCAGCGUAA